GCUCUGCAGUCGAAACUGGACUGCGCCAGCCACUUCCAGGCAAAGCCCCACGUCUCGACGGGAAAUGGGUUUCACGGCCCCAUGUAUCUAUAUACGAUCGAAUGUCUGCGCUUCGGUCGUUCCAUGGUGGCAGAAGAGGAGCAUCUCCAAUGCACGCUUUACGUGAUCAAGCUACACGCAAUGCCGAGGUCUACUGUAGACUGCGGCUCGAGGAUAGGAAAGACGACGCGCGCGCUCUUGCGGCGUGGCAGACACAGAAGAACAGUCUGUCAUCCGACCACGCACGGCGCUGCGUCCGCGGUCUGCUGAAGAAUACCCUUUUGAAGGAGGCCCUCGGCCCUCUUCUCGAUAUACCCGGUAUGCGGUCGGGGCUACUCAUCAGUACUAUACACAAGCUUUUAACAGCCAAGGCUGAUGAGGAAGCCAAGGCGUAUUUGGACCAUACACAUGCCCUCUGGGUACGAAUAGCGGGAAGCAAGGAGGCCACAGCCAAACUCGGGCCCGAGGACGUGCAGGCUCUGCACUUGCGCUGUCCGCGGUUCUGCACGGGCGAUGCGGCCUUGAUCACCAAACAGAUGGAGCAGGGCGCCAUCUUCCGCGCCUUCACUCCAAACGAGCGGAGCGCCAUACUCGCGGCGAUUCUCAGCAUCGAGACGAUUAUAACAUCUCUACGCACCUUCUCCCAGGACAUCCACGUCCUCCAAGUCUGCGCCACCAGCAUGCGCCAUAUCGUGACGCCGCGAGGCCAGACGAUUCGUCAGGCGUUGCUGGGCUGUUACAGGCCAGUAGAACGCGCACAAGAGAGCAAUGACACGGCCUCCGCAGCUGGCAUUGCUAUCCAGGAACUAUGGGUAUUUAUGCUCGGCAACCUCCAGGGCAUGGCGAACCCUAUAUCAGCAUCGAACAAGAGACUCGCAGGACCCAUCACCGAAGCUUCGCGCGAUGUUCUAGUACAGGCGGCGGAGUAUGCGCAGCAGCUGGGUUUUCGGUCCACGGAGAUACAGAGACAUGUGCAUGCGACGGAGAGAGGGUCCGGCGACAUUGCCGAUCCGAAGCGCUGUCACAGAACAGACACGGUGCCGGCCCUACACAAAGACGCCCUGGCCAGCCUCGUGGUCAAACAUACCACUGAGCGUCUGUCCAGAAGGUGCGGCCGUCCGAAGAAGGACAGCUACCAGCUUGACCGGGGGCUGCUCACUCGCGGCAACCUGCAGGCUGACCUGGCAUCGCUCGACGUGCGUGGGCCGGAACUCACAUCUUUCUUCGUGCUGCGGUGUCAGUAUAAUGCGUUCUUCGGCUCAGAGCAUGAAGCGUCGAGACAAGGGAGUCCUCUCCCCAAUGCGGCUGAAGAGCGUCUAUCAGAGCCGACAAGAACGUGCUCUCCGCCUGUAGAGCGCUUGACACUCGAGCAAAGCAUUCGAAACUUCAGGAAACAAAGCGUAGAGUCCGUACGGGCCGGGCUUUCGCCCAUCACCGAGUCCAGCAGCGUCACCUCUUCUAGGGAAAGCAUCGCGCUUGGCCGUGCCCAGGCAAGCCCGUCACCGGAGCCUAUCCGUGUUCUGUUCCGUGCGUACUCGGACGGAAGGUUCCAUACAAUCAAGCAGGUUGACGCUGGCGACCCUACGGCUGUGCUGAAGGCAGGUCGUGAGUUGACAAACCAGAAAAUGAUGCUUCUAUCCGUCGAUCUAGGUUUUAUUAGCCCCGAGCAAUGUUUCGAGAACGCUCUGGUUUCCGAUCUGCACACAAUAUUCACUCUACCAGCCAACGAUUUGAAGAUUACGCCGGAGUUGGAAAAAGCAGUGCAGCAGUUGAGAACCGAUGCAACGCGAAGGCGCAGAUGAAGCGGUGCGACCAGACACACCGCGAUGGAGGAACAUGGGAGUGUUGAGCAGCGGUCGCCGCCGGUGAGACGUGUACCAGCAUGAAAUUCCACGCAAAAUGACACUAUUCAGCCACAAUUACGAAUUUGUCGUCUGCGUACGCCCGUAGAUUGUAGCUAAUAUAACAUUCCGUCCCAGUCUAGCGUC